AUGAUCACGUUUAUUCUGCAAAAAUCGUUUGCACACGGCAAUGGAACUUUCAGCAGUACUUUGCGUGAUGAACGAAGGAUGUCUACCGGUUUGGCAGUGAAUCGACCACCACCAGAAAAUCUUGCCUUCAAAGUUCCUCAUCCUAACGAUAUGGAAGCUUCAUCAUCAUCAUCGAACGAGUUGCAACAGGCACCGCCACCAUCGAGUAGAAAUCAACAGACGCAAACGAAUAAAUUUUUGUACGAAUCCGAUCUUGAGUUACGGCUUCGUGAAGCUAUACGAAAACGUGACGAACAGUGGCGAAAACACGAACGAGAACAGAUCAGCUUCCUCCAAAACGAAACGGCAACGAUGUUGCGUGGUCUUCAUAAGGAGAUCGAACGUCUUGGACAUCAAUUGAAAGAUGCAAAGCGUCAACUGUAUGUCCCGGACGAUUCACCGUGUGAUCAUUCAGAGAUGGAGGCAAAAAUCGAACAGCAGGAGGAACGAAUAAGGGCGCUGGAACAGCAAAUUCGAGACAAGGAACAACAUGCAACUGACGUUGAAGACAAAAUCGCGGAAACAGUGGAGAAAUUACAGGAACAGAUCAACAUCCAGGCGGAUCGUAUUCGUGAACUCAGUGCAGAACUUAACGAUCGUAAUCAAACAGUGGCACACCUAAGCAGUCAGACAUACGCCGAAUCACUUCCAAUCAAUCCACUUCGAUUUCGUUUUAUUGCGAGCGCCUGCUUGGGUGGCUACCUUAUUUUUGGCUGCGAUCGUACCGCCUUCGAGAUGCGAUGGCCACCGCUCAACAACGACGUAGAGCUUCAUCGUCGAAUUGUUCCGGUGCAAGUCCAAUCGUUUCUCCUUCGUCUCCUCAUCGGAUAUUUCCGCCAAAAGGCCUUCUCUCCGCUUCUGUUACGGUUUCCUAUCCGGGCAAUAAAAAUAUGUCUUGCGAACGCUCUGGAAGUGUUGAUCGGAUAUUGA